AUGACCGCUGUUGCUCCAGCACUGCAGAAUUCAGCUGGAGAGCGCACUUAUUCCAACUGUGAAAGUAGCUGCGUCAAUGAGGAUGCACUAAAGAACGGCAUUGAGAUGGACGACGAUGAUGUGCCGUUAUCGAUGAAAGUUAAAACCGUUAAAGUGGAGCCUAUGCGAGGCUCGUUUGAAGCGGCGUUGAGUGGUGGCAUUGGAUCUACGGUGCGCACUAAAACGGUAAAGGUGAAGAAAGAAGAGCCGAUCAAGCAAGAGAUUGCAUCGGACAGCGAUGAUGAUGUACCGUUGAGUGCUCGUGUCAAAGAUGGCUCUUCCAAGAAGCGUAGGAGCGAAGACGAUGACGAUAGUUACUCACCUGAACACAAAAAGAGGAAGAAGGACAAAAAGGAUAAAUUGGAAAAGAAGGAAAAGAAGCCAUCAACUUCAUCUGCAAAUAAAAAGUUGAAAGAAGUGAAAAAGGAACCCAAAUCGAAUCACGCUUCAUCAGCGAAAAGAAAGAAGAAGGAAGAGGAAGAGGAGGAAGUGUGGAAAUGGUGGAUGGAAGAAAAGAAACCUGAUGGUGUUAAGUGGAAUAGUCUUUCACACAAAGGUCCAGUAUUCGCACCUCCUUACGUUCCACUGCCUGAUAACGUCCCUUUCAGAUACGAUAAAAAAAUAAUGAAGCUGAAUCCUGAAGCGGAGGAAGUGGCGACAUUUUAUGCGAAGAUGUUGACUCAUGAGUAUACCACAAAGGAUUCUUUCAAUACUAAUUUCUUUAAAGAUUGGCGAAAGACGAUGACACCUGCCGAAAGGGAGACCAUAACAGACUUGAAAAAGUGUGAUUUCCGGGCGAUGAACGAAUAUUUCGAAAAAAUGAGUGAAGAAAGGAAGGCGAUGAGCAAAGAAGAAAAACAAAAAAUCAAGGAGAUGAAAGAGGCGGAAGUAAAGAUCUACGGGUAUGCGACAAUUGAUGGUCACAGGCAGAAGAUCGGUAAUUUUCGGAUUGAACCUCCGGGCUUGUUUCGUGGUCGGGGAGGCCAUCCGAAAAUGGGACGACUAAAGAAGCGUGUAAUGCCUGAGGACGUUAUCAUCAAUUGUUCGAAAGAUUCGGAGAUUCCUGUUCCUCCAGAAGGUCAUAAAUGGAAAGAGGUACGCCACGAUAACACAGUCACUUGGCUGUGCUCAUGGACCGAAAACAUUCUCGGUCAAAAUAAGUACAUAAUGUUGAAUCCGUCUUCAAAAAUCAAGGGUGAAAAAGAUUAUGAGAAGUUCGAAACGGCUCGACGAUUGAAGACACGUGUGGAUGAUAUUCGCGCUGUUUAUACGGCCGAUUUCAAGAGCAAAGAGAUGAGAGUUCGACAGCGUGCUGUUGCAUUGUAUUUCAUCGAUAAAUUAGCCCUUCGAGCGGGUAACGAAAAAGACGUGGACGAAGCUGCAGAUACGGUGGGCUGUUGUUCACUUCGUUGUGAGCAUAUUAAAUUGCACGAGAAGUUGGACGAUAAAGAUUAUGUGGUCGAGUUCGAUUUUUUGGGUAAAGACAGCAUUCGUUAUUAUAAUAAAGUUCCCGUUGAGAAACGAGUCUUCAACAACCUGAAAUUAUUUAUGGAAAACAAGGAACCUGGCGAUGAUUUGUUCGAUAGACUUGAUACGGCAUCAUUGAAUCAACACCUUCAAAGUUUGAUGCCUGGUCUUACAGUCAAAGUGUUUCGAACAUAUAACGCUUCCAUAACACUACAAGAUCAACUCGAAAAACUCACUAAAGAGGGAGGUAGUGUUCAAGAGAAUUUGCUGUCUUAUAAUCGUGCCAAUCGACAAGUGGCAAUUUUAUGUAACCAUCAAAGGUCUGUACCGAAAGGUCACGAGAAAAGUAUGGAGAAUCUAUCAGCCAAAAUUAAGGCCAAAAAAGCUGAACUAAAGGAAGCCAAGGAAGAGUUGGAAAAAGCAAAAGGACAAGCUGCUAAAGAGAAAGCGAAGAAGAAGGUUGAGCGGAUCAAAGAGCAGCUUAAGCGACUGAAAAUCCAACGCACAGAUAAGGAUGAAAACAAACAGAUUGCAUUGGGCACUUCGAAGUUGAACUAUUUGGAUCCACGCAUAUCGGUAGCGUGGUGCAAGAAGAACAAUGUACCAAUCGAGAAAAUCUUCAAUAAAACCCAACGUGAAAAAUUCCGAUGGGCAAUCGAUAUGGCCGAUGAAGAAUACGAAUUCUAA